AUGAUUUUAAAAAAUUUAAAUUCAAUUACAGAAGAAAAUAUUUCUUUCAUUAGUAAUGUGCCUCCUAUUGUUGUUUCAAAUGAUGAUACAUUGACUGUGUCUUCCCAAAAAAUUAGUUUGCCUGCUACUCUUGAAAAUAACUUUGGUAAUUUAUGUGUAAAAGUACCUGUAGAAUUUUAUGAUUAUAAUGACCAAGGAAAUAGCUUAGAAGAGACACAAACAAUAGAAACUCCUCAACCAUCUGAUAAUAAUUUUUUGGUCAAUGAGAUAAUUAAUGUUGACAAUCCAGAAGAAGCAACAAAUGAUACUGAAUUUAAUUUUGUUAAUAAUGAAAAAAAUGGAAAAAAAUUUGCAGAUAUUUGGAAUUAUAUAAAAGUUUCAAAAGUUCGUGAAGUAAUGUCUAAAAUAAAAAAUUCAGUAUUGUUGUGUGAUUCUUUAAAACGACUGUGUGAAUUUCAAAAUUUGGAGUACUUGAAACCUGAAUUAGACAUUAAAACACGGUGGAACUCCACAUAUUAUAUGAUUAAAAAAUUUCAAAAAUUAGAACCUUCACUUAGAAUGUUGGCUGCAAAUGAAAGAGUUAUCAAUGAUUUACUUCCAACAAAUGAGGGUUUAACCAAAAUAGAGGAUACUGUUAUGUUAUUAGAACCUCUUGAACAUGCAACAAAAUUAUUAUCUGCAUCCUCUUAUCCCACAAUUGCUGAUGUUAAAUUGGUAUUUUCUGCAAUACAAGAAUUCCUUGAGGAAUAUAUUGAAGAUGAUGAUUUAUUACAAUAUGAAUUGGCUGGUUCUAUUAAUACUAAGCUUGAUGAGUAUAGAUCAAUCAUAGAUAAAUCAACAAUUAUAGCAACUAUUUUAAACCCACAAGCAAAAUUAUCAAAUUUUCAACCAGGUUCAGAAUCAUCAUCAGCAAUUUCUAAUCUUUGUAUAAAAUUUCAAGAGUAUUUAGAUGAAUAUUCUAUAAUUCAAGAAUUAAAUCCACCACAAACUAAUUCACAAUAUAAUUAUCGUAAAUAUUUUCAACAACUAAAAAAUCACAAGUCAAAUAAUCAAUCACCACAACCAUCUACAUUAGAAAGAGUUAUUGAAAACAUUAUGUUUAUCAUAUGA